UCAAAACAAGUUCAUAUCUGUAGCUAAGCAUUAGUCUUUAAUCCAAAAGAGAUUAAUGGAGAAGAAGACAAUUCUAAUGGCCUCUGGGUUGAUGAUGAUAAUGUUGAUCCUAAGUGCAACUACUGCAAGAGCCGAUCUAUGCCCCAUUGCAGUGAAAUAUUUGCUACCUUGCAUGGCGUUCUUGACGGGUUCUAGCCCACCGCCACCCGGCGCUGGCUGCUGCCAAGGCGCACGCGAUGUGCUAAAUAUGGCUACAACCUCCGCAGAUCGCAAGGCUCUGUGUUUCUGUUUAAAAAAUCUUGCAAGCCAGGCUGGUGUUCUGGCUGAUAGAGCUGAACAACUUCCCGACCUCUGCAAGAUCAAAGUUCCGGUUCCAAUUAAACCCGAUGUGGACUGCAACAAAUUAUGAUGAUUCGGUAAGGAGUGGAGAUAACAAAUAAAGAUGGGGAACAUGCAUAGAUGGAGCAAUAUAUAUAUAUAUAUAGCCAAAUAUUGGGUUGUAAACAUUAAUAUAUCGAAGCUAGACUCUUUUUGACUAUCUUAUAUUAUAUAUAUAUGCAUGAAAAGGAAUUAAACGAAUAAAAUGAUUCCUAAUUUCUUUGCAACGCUCUCGAA